AUGGACAAUGUUGAUGAUGAAUAUAUAAACUACUGGGAAACCAAUAAGUUCCUACAGUCCGAGGAGCUCGACAGUUGCUACCUAGACGAGGCGGCCAUAUCUGCCGGGUAUUACGACUCGAGCUCGCCGGACGGGUUGCAGUCAAAGAACAUAGCCUCAGAAAGGAUGAGGAGAAAAAGGCUGAAUGAUAAGCUGUAUGCACUAAGAUCUGUGGUCCCAAACAUUACUAAGAUGGACAAGGCAUCAAUCAUUAGAGAUGCAAUUAGCUACAUACAAUUACUACACAAUGAGGAGAAAAAGAUUGAGGCUGAGAUAUGUGAGUUGGAAUCAGGAGGACAGGACAGUCAUUUUGCCACCAAUUAUUUAAGAGUUGUGAACAUGGGGGACAGGACAAUAGUGGUGAGCUUGACUUGUGGUAAAAGGGCAGAUACAAUGGUGAGGCUAUGUGAGAUGUUUGAAUCUUUGAACCUCAAUAUCAUUACUGCCAACAUCAACACUUUCUCUCAAAAGCUUUCAAACACUCUUCUCAUCAAGGGUGAUGAGGAGAAAGAUGUGUUGAGAUUAAAGAUAGAAAAUGCAAUAGCAUCUAUCAAUGGCCCAGACAGCCCUAUGAGCAUAUAA